AUGAAUGUCUUUCGAAAACCUCAAGAAAACGAGAGAAAUCCUCAUGCAUCUUUGUAUGUUGGAAAUCUAGAUCCUCAAGUCACAGAGCCUCUUCUAUAUGAACUAUUUAUUCAAGUAGGUCCCGUUAAACAACUCAAUCUCCCGAAAGAUAGAAUUCUACGAGCCCACCAAGGAUUUGGUUUCGUGGAAUAUAGAACGAUAGAAGAUGCGGAAUAUGCACUUAAUAUACUUCGAGGAGUUCGACUUUUUGGCCGUACUCUCAAAAUCAAUAAAAUAGAAGCGCCUACUUCAGCAUCGUCAAAGACAGUAAGUGUGAACAAAAUGGCAGGGAUGAGCGUUGGAGCUCGUGUGUUUAUAGGAAAUUUGAGCAAACUCGCCGAUUCAAAAUAUUUAAAAGAAACUUUGAGCUUCUUCGGCGAAAUAUUAGGAGAACCUGAGGUUGUCCCAGAUGAAAAGGGGACCAACCAUGCCUUCGUCGAAUUUGCUGAUUUCGAAGGCAGUGAUCUGGCAAUCGAAAAACUAAACGGCGCUACUUUGAUGAACAGCAAGGUGCGUCUUUCAUAUGCAUAUAAGGAAGGACAAGAAGGAAAGAAAGCCGUGCAUGGUGAUGAGGCUGAGAGACUCCUUGCCAAACAGGCGAAGAUGAAUAAAAAAACUAAGUCAUCAAAAAAGAAAUCCAGCUAG